AUUCAAUUUUUUUUAUGGACAUGUGAACUUUCAAUAGAGCCUACAGCUUGUCAUGCUGAUAAGGAGAUGCAAGGCUUUGUGCAUGCUUGUGAGCAACUAUUUCUGAACACAGGGCAAGGUGCUGCUGGACAAGCCUAUCGAACAUAUCUUCCUUCCUUUGAGCCUGAUGUGAAGGAAAAGCAUGUCAGCGAGUAUCCUCGUGCUCAUCACGCUCGAAAGUAUAAUUUGAAUGCUGCGGUUGCAAUCGUGCCAAGGAGCACCGGUGCUGGUUGUAGCUAUAUAUUAGAGUUCUUUCUCCCUGUCCUCAUGACAGAUAUUUUAGAGCAGCAAGAUCUGGUUACAAACCUGAAGCUUAAACUAUGGGAAACUUGUAAGAGCUUGAGAAUGUUUUCAGAAGCAGAAUUAGUCGGGGAACAAGGUUCUAAAGUUAGUAAAAAGAAUGCUAAAAUGAAACCUGCUCCAAAUGCUGAUGGUAAUAUGUUCACCGUAUGUGCUAAUAAUAAAAGAGGAAAGGUAUCUAAAGUGUGGAAUUGGUUCGAAAAGGUUAAAGAAAAGAAUGGUGUAGUAUGGACCAUAUGUAAAGGAUAUCAAAAGAAGCAUCCAGGGGAAAGCAAGAAGGGAACUUCAAAUCUGCACAAGCACUUAAAAUGGUGCGGUAUGGGCCAUAUGUAAAGGAUGCAAAAACAAGUAUACAGGGGAUAGCUAGAAGGGAACUUCAAAUCCACCCAAACACUUAAAAAAUUGUUCAAAAAAUAGACGGGGAUGUUCAAAAACAAAUAUGUUUGUUCAAUGGCGAAGAGAAUGAAGUUAUCUAGCAUCACCUUCUAAGGACGCGAGUUGUCUGACAUCACAUGAUCCAGAUUCUGAUGAUAAGUUCCGGGGAUUCCGUGAGUGGCAUAAGCAGAAAGAUGAUGGCGAUGUGGUUGAUUCACAAAAACUUGAUCUUAAUUGGUAUUUAGGAGAGCCUUUGGAAAACCUGGAUAAGGUUUCAGAUGUAUUAGCUUGGUGGCGAGUCAGUUCUCCAAGAUUUUCUACACUUAGUAAAAUGGCGCGUGAUUUCUUAGCGAUUCCAAUAUCAGCUACUGUAUCGAAGUCUUCUUUCAGCGGUGCAGUUGCAUUCAAUGGUUUCAGGCCAGAGAUCAUAUAGAGGCUUUAAUAUGCGGACAGGACUGGUUGGAAAGCCCUGAAAACAAUGAGUUCUUCACUGUCUACAGACAGGAGCAAGGAAGGGAUUUGUGGUUCUUCUCUGGUCUCCUUAAAUGUGAGAUCUGACUCACUUGUGAAGCAAAUGUUUAAAUAUCUGGUUGGUCCGUUUACAGUGAGCAAACCUAUGAAUCCAGAGGAUUUGAUGUUAAUCCAAUAUGUGCUGAAUGGGAGAUCAGAAUUUCUUCUCAGAGUUCUUGUUUGCUUAGCUGAAUGAUUUUAAGUUCUAUACUUGUUUCUGCUAGUGAGAUUGUUGUUCAAUGCAAUAAUUAUUAUUUAACUCGGCGAGAAUUAUGCUCCAUGAGACCAUAGAUCUGGCUUGAUGAUAACGUCCUUUCUACA